AUGGAGGAGCAGAAGAGCCCAGUGAAGGAGGAGAGCUCCAGAGAACGAGGCCUUCUCCACCUAUGGAGAGGCUACUGCAGUAGUGUUACCCCCGAGCGGGUGCUUCUGUCCCGGCCAGUCCUCCAGGCUGCCCUUGGCAUCAGCCAUGGUAUCCUCCUGGCCGAAGGUGGGCUGGUGUACAGCUUCGGGGACCUGACGUGGAGACAGGGCUUGAGGGUUCCUCCUACUUACCCUCUCCUUGAGUCUGUCCUCUCUGGUCAACGUGUUGUGUCUGUAGCUGCAGGCUCCUUCCACUGUGGCGCCGUCACACAGGAAGGGGCUGUGUACAUGUGGGGAGAGAACUCCUCGGGACAGUGUGGUCUGUCAGAGAGAAGCCUGGUCCCAGAUCCUAGCCUCGUCAGUACGGUGGACUCUGAGACUGUCCCUCCACAGAUCAUCAGGAUCCUGGAGGUAACCUGUGGGGAGCAGCACACUCUGGCUCUGUCUGCCCAGCAUGAGGUGUGGGCCUGGGGCAGCGGCUGCCAGCUGGGUCUGGUCACCAGUGUGUUCCCUGUGUGGAGACCCCAGAAAGUGGAGCACCUGGCUGGGAAGCACGUCGUUCAGGUGGCGUGCGGAGGAUACCACAGCCUGGCCUUGGUACGGCGCUUCCCUGCACCAGACUCUCAGUUCGCCGGGACGACAGCUACUGAAAAGUGUGACCAGUGCAAGCAGCUGCUCUUCUUUAUGGUGGAUAAAGGGGACCAUGUCAGUAUCAACGACAGCCACUAUUGCCCCCUGGGGAUUGAGUUGGCUGAUAGCAAACCAGGGAGCUGCUCACGAUCUAGACAGGCCUCCCCAGCCAGACAGGCCUCCCCAGCCAGACAGGCCUCCCCAUCCGGACAGGCCUCCCCAUCCGGACAGGCCUCCCCAUCCGGACAGGCCUCCCCAUCCGGACAGGCCUCCCCAUCCGGACAGGCCUCCCCAUCCGGACAGGCCUCCCCAUCCGGACAGGCCUCCCCAUCCGGACAGGCCUCCCCAUCCGGACAGGCCUCCCCAUCCGGACAGGCCUCCCCAUCCGGACAGGCCUCUCCAGCCCAGAGACACAGAGCCACAGCCUGCCCACUCUCUCAGGCAGUCAGUCCUGACCCAGACCCUAUUAUAGGUCCAGAACACCUUUUUUCUGGUGACACUGACAGCUCUCUCAGAGAGUCUGGCUCCAAAGAACAAACUAACCAAGAUGAUACUGGUACCUCUGACCCUCAAAGACAAGGCCCUGGGACUCUGACAGAGACAGACAGCAACCCGGCUCUAACGCAGGCGAGGAGGCAAACCACAUCUUCGACCGACGAGAAGGAACUGAAGGAACUCCUCAAGAGAACGUCUGAUCACGUCCUGAGCCUGUCUGAACAGAAUGACAAUGACAUCACGGGGAAUCCAAUCACCUUAGCCAAUCAGAAAGCAGGGGAUUCACUCACCUUAGCCAAUCAGACAGCAGGGGAUUCACUCACCUUAGCCAGUCAUAGCUCAGGAGAUCUACUCACCCUGGUAAGUCAUGUCCCAGGACAGUGCCUAAACGGUGACCUACCUGAUCAAGACCAGGCUUCUACCUUAACAUCGUAUCUUCCUCCACAACCUACAGACGACACCGCCAUGGCAUCCGGCCUGUCAUGUUCACUACCAGAGAACUGCACGGGGGCUUUAACGGGCCGUGCUUUAACGGGCCGUGCUUUAACGGGCCGUGCUGCCUCUGCCUCACCCUUCGAGGUAAACACCGGCUCCACCAGCAGCCUCUGUGACUCAUCUCAGAGUGAAGGGCGUAUCCCAGUCGCAGGGCUGUGCGAGGCUCUGUCUGGGCCUGUCAUGGCAUACAGGAAGACCAACCAGGAAGUGCGUCUCUGUAUGGAGGAGGCCUCCUUGCAAGGGAAGAAAUGCUCCAGUCUGACUGAUAUCCUGCUGGAGGAGGUCACAGAGGGGAGUAGACGACACUCACUACCUCCUCUCCUCUCUCAUGCAUCCCCUGAGCUCCCCGGCAGGAGGACCGCACGCUCCAGGCCCAAUGUGGCCAGGAAGGAGGAGGUAGUGGAGUCUCUGCCCACCCUGAACACAGAGGUGUGGAGCUGGGGCCGGGGGCAGGAGGGACAGCUGGGCCACGGAGACCAGCUACCCAGGCUCCAGCCGCUGUGUAUCAAGAGCCUGAAUGGAGAGGAGGUAGUGAAGGUAGCGGCAGGAACACACCACUCAUUGGCCCUUACUGCACAGUGUCAGGUGUUUUCGUGGGGAAACAACAGAUCCGGCCAGUUGGGACACAUGAACAGCCCCACUACCAUGCCUCAACAGGCCAAGAUGUCAGAGGGUCUGCGUGUGUGGGACCUUGCGGCAGGGCAGAGCCACAGUUUGUUCCUGGCUGAUGGUGACUGCUGCCAGCCCAUCCUCUGUUACAGCGGUCAACAGAUGGGCUACAUCAGCAGUGUGUAUGGCGGAGGACAGUCCUGUGUAGCCCAGGCUGACCUCAACGUGAUGGGGUUCAUCUCUGCUCUCCACGAGCUGGCUGCAGCAGACAGGAAGUUCUACUGCAGGCUCAGAGACAUCAACAAGCGGGUGGUCAGCCCUCUACUGAGGAAAGAGUCUGUGUGCACGGUGUUGGGCCAGAAAUCCAUCCUGCUGUUCCAGUCCCUGGCUAGUAACUACAGCAGGCUGUGUCACCUGACAGGACAACACUCCGUCUCCCUUACAGCCUUCCUCCGUACUGCCCGGGACGUCAAGGGACUGGUCAUCCUGAAACACGCUAACACCUUCCUGGACAUGUAUAAAGAGUACUGUGGCUCAGUGGGUAAUUUCCUGGUUAUGGGGGGAUUCCAAGCCCUCAUAAAGCCCUCUGUGGAGUGUUUUGGUAAGAAGUUGGAGGUUUUGCGUCAGCUGUCAGAGUCCAGUGAAGACAAGGUUCCUCUGUUUGACCUGUUGGCGAUGCUGUUUUACUCUCCUAUACAACACAUCCACGAGUACGCCCGGCUGCUGCUCAAACUGGCCACCUGUUUCGAUGUGAGUACAGUGGAAUACCAGAGGCUGCAGGAGGGCUGCUCCAGGUAUGAGGAACUGUCUCUCAGCCUGAGGAGGAAGAGGAAGGAGGCAGAGACAACGAACCAGUUCUGGAGGACAUAUUCUGGGAAAACUACUGAUGUCCUCCGUAAGCCCCAGCGCAGGCUGGUGUAUGACAGCAGCAACAAGAGCCUGACCCUCCAGAACGCCGGGAGGUUCUCUGUUAACUGGUUCAUCCUGUUUAACGACGCUCUGAUUCAUGCUCAGUUCUCAUCUCAUCAUGUCUACUCCCUGGCCACUCUCUGGGUGGAACCAAUCACUGACAUCACUGCCAACAGCAACCUGUAUGGAAUUAAGGUGACAACUCCAGAGGACAGCUUCACUCUGCUAGCAUCCUCACCUCAGGAGAAGGCUAAGUGGCUAAGGGCUAUUAACCAGGCUGUGGAGGCGGUGUUGACCGGAGAAGGGAGCGGUCCUGGGGUCCCCGCUGUCUCUCGUACCGCCUCCUACAUCUUCUACAAAGACCUCCGUCUGAAGGAUGCCUCCUACUCAGGCCGCUGGCUGUCUGGCAAGCCCCACGGCAAAGGGACCAUGAAAUGGCCAGAUGGCAGAAAGUUUACGGGGACCUUUAAACAAGGACUGGAGGACGGCUAUGGAGACUGUAUAAUGCCAAACAAGCUCCUCAACAAGAGUGCUCGGUACCAGGGCCACUGGAGAGAUGGGAAGAUGCAUGGCUUUGGGACGUACAAGUAUGCUACAGGUCAGGUGUAUGAGGGAUCCUUCCAUGAGAACGUCCGUCAGGGCCAUGGGAUGCUGAGCUCUGGGAAGCUGAUUGGCUCUUCUUCCAGUGUGUUCAUUGGCCAAUGGCUUCAAGACAAGAAGAUGGGAUAUGGAGUCUUUGAUGACAUCACUAGAGGAGAGAAGUACAUGGGCCUGUGGGUUGAUGACCAGCGCCAGGGCAGUGGGGUGGUAGUCACUCAGUUCGGUCUUUACUAUGAAGGGACCUUCAGUAACAACAAGAUGAUGGGUACUGGUCUGCUAGUAUCUGAUGAUGACACAGCCUUUGAGGGAGACUUCUCAGAAGACUGGACCCCUAAUGGUUGGUUCCGCUCCUCGUUCUGGUUCCGCUCUUCCUUCUGGUUCCGCUCUUCCUUCUGGUGCCGCUCUUCCUUCUGGUUCCGCUCCUCGUUCUGGUUCCGCUCCUUGUCCUGGUUCCGCUCCUCGUUCUGGUUCCGCUCCUCGUUCUGGUUCCGCUCUUCCUUCUGGUUCCGCUCCUCGUUCUGGUUCCGCUCCUCGUUCUGGUUCCGCUCUUCCUUCUGGUUCCGCUCCUCGUUCUGGUUCCGCUCCUCGUUCUGGUGCCGCUCCUCGUUCUGGUUCCGCUCUUCCUUCUGGUUCCGCUCCUCGUUCUGGUUCCGCUUUUCCUUCUGGUUCCGCUCCUCGUUCUGGUUCCGCUCCUCGUUCUGGUGCCGCUCCUCGUUCUGGUUCCGCUCUUCCUUCUGGUUCCGCUCUUCCUUCUGGUUCCGCUCUUCCUUCUGGUUCCGCUCCUCGUUCUGGUUCCGCUCUUCCUUCUGGUGCCGCUCCUCGUUCUGGUGCCGCUCCUCGUUCUGGUUCCGCUCUUCCUUCUGGUUCCGCUCCUCGUUCUGGUUCCGCUCUUCCUUCUGGUGCCGCUCCUCGUUCUGGUGCCGCUCCUCGUUCUGGUUCCGCUCUUCCUUCUGGUUCCGCUCUUCCUUCUGGUUCCGCUCUUCCUUCUGGUUCCGCUCUUCCUUCUGGUUCCGCUCUUCCUUCUGGUUCCGCUCCUCGUUCUGGUGCCGCUCCUCGUUCUGGUGCCGCUCCUCGUUCUGGUUCCGCUUUUCGUUCUGGUUCCGUUCCUCGUUCUGGUGCCGCUCCUCGUUCUGGUUCCGCUCUUCGUUCUGGUUCCGCUCUUCCUUCUGGUUCCGCUCUUCCUUCUGGUUCCGCUCCUCGUUCUGGUGCCGCUCCUCGUUCUGGUGCCGCUCCUCGUUCUGGUUCCGCUCUUCCUUCUGGUUCCGCUCUUCCUUCUGGUUCCGCUCUUCCUUCUGGUUCCGCUCCUCGUUCUGGUUCCGCUCUUCCUUCUGGUUCCGCUCCUCGUUCUGGUUCCGCUCUUCCUUCUGGUGCCGCUCCUCGUUCUGGUUCCGCUCUUCCUUCUGGUUCCGCUCUUCCUUCUGGUUCCGCUCUUCCUUCUGGUUCCGCUCUUCCUUCUGGUUCCGCUCUUCCUUCUGGUUCCGCUCUUCCUUCUGGUUCCGCUCUUCCUUCUGGUUCCGCUCUUCCUUCUGGUUCCGCUCUUCCUUCUGGUUCCGCUCUUCCUUCUGGUUCCGCUCCUCGUUUUGGUUCCGCUCUUCCUUCUGGUUCCGCUCUUCCUUCUGGUUCCUUUCCUCGUUCUGGUUCCGCUCUUCCUUCUGGUUCCGCCUCCUUCUGGUUCCGCUCCUCGUUCUGGUGCCGCUGCCUCGUUCGGGUGCCGCUCCUCGUUCUGGUUCGCUCUUCCUUCUGGUUCCGCUCUCCUUCUGGUUCCGCUCUUCCUUCUGGUUCCGCUCCUCGUUCUGGUCCGCUCUUCCUUCUGGUUCCGUCCCUCGUUCUGGUUCCGCUCUUCCUUCUGGUGCCGCUCCUCGUUCUGGUUCCGCUCUUCCUUCUGGUUCCGCUCUUCCUUCUGGUUCCGCUCUUCCUUCUGGUUCCGCUCUUCCUUCUGGUUCCGCUCCUCGUUCUGGUUCCGCUCUUCCUUCUGGUUCCGCUCUUCCUUCUGGUUCCGCUCUUCCUUCUGGUUCCGCUCUUCUUCCUUUCUGGUUCCGCUCUUCCUUCUGGUUCCGCUCUUCCUUCUGGUUCCGCUCCUCGUUUUGGUUCCGCUCUUCCUUCUGGUUCCGCUCUUCCUUCUGGUUCCUUUCCUCGUUCUGGUUCCGCUCUUCCUUCUGGUUCCGCUCUUCCUUCUGGUUCCGCUCCUCGUUCUGGUGCCGCUCCUCGUUCUGGUGCCGCUCCUCGUUCUGGUUCCGCUCUUCCUUCUGGUUCCGCUCUUCCUUCUGGUUCCGCUCUUCCUUCUGGUUCCGCUCCUCGUUCUGGUUCCGCUCUUCCUUCUGGUUCCGCUCCUCGUUCUGGUUCCCUCUCUUCGGAAGUAGUGGGCUAUGGGCCCUGGUCUAA